AACUGCUAUGUAUUCCCUGCAGUAAUAUUGUGUUCUGACCAAAUCCAAAGACUUCAAUUUGAUCCAGAAAUCGAUUCGCUGGUGGGAUUCUCACAGCGUCUCCUACAAAAGGAUUGUAAAUUAGCACACUGUGAGUCGCCGAUGAACCAUCGAUUGUGGGAUUGGGAUUGGGAUUGGGAUAAUACCAUAGAUACUACCAACCAACGUCACCCAGUGGAGAGAUCCUUCAACUAGAACCCCAGGUGGUUGUCUGAUUACAUCCGCCAAUUGCGAAGGCGUAGCUCCUAUAUUUCUCCACUCUGUUGUUACUACUGUAAACACCUGAGCCGUUAAUUCGUCCACAUCUGGCCUCGGGCCCGUCGUGUACCACACAAUCCUGACCACUUUGAAUUCUCCUGUCCUCGGAUGGAACCCAAAUCCAAAAACUUCCCUUUGAUUUGGAAAAAGGUUUGCUGGUGGGAGUCUCACAGCGUCUCCAACAAAAAGAUUGUAAAUUAGCAGACUGUGAGACGCCGAUGAACCAUCGGAUGGGCCCGAGGCCAGAUGUGGACGAAUUAACGGCUCAGGUGUUUACCCUGGGAACAACAGAGUGGAGAAAUAUAGGAGCUACGCCUCCGCAAUUGGCGGAUGUAAUCACACAAGCACCUGGGACUCUAGUUGAAGGAUCUCUCCACUGGGUGACAUUGGUUGGUGGUAUCUAUGGUAUUAUCCCAAAUCCCAAUCCCACUGAGAAAUAUGGGUGACUGCGGUUGGGAUGGGAGGAGUCGAUCCUAUCUUUGGUAUUAUCUCCUUCGACCUUGCAUCUGAGGUGUUCGAAGAAAUUCCGCACCCACCUUGUCAACGACUUGUGUCAGAUCGCUACAAUCUUUCCGUGC